UUCACUUAACUGGAUUUGUUUGGAGAGGAAGCCACGCCCCCUUUUCUUUCUCUCGCAAAGGACCCCGACCGCCUCCCACGCCCCCACACACACACUUUGUUUCCGACCCCCCACUCGUGGCCGCAUGCGCUCGGCUCCGCACUCGAGGCGUGGAGCCACUCGGAACGGCAGCUGGUGAAGAUGUGAUCCUUCUCCACUUCUUCUUCUUCUUCUUCUUCAUCUUCAUCCUUUUUUGUUUCCUGCCAAAGAUGCCGGACUGGAGCGACAGCGGCUUCCUCUGCUGCGCUUUGCUGCUCUCGCUGCUCGGCUCCGUUUACGCCCCGCCGUCCUCGUCCUCGUCCUCCUGCCCGCCGGGUUGCGAGUGCUCCGAGGCGGCGCACACGGUCAAGUGCGUGGCCAAGGACCUGCGGGGCGUUCCGGUUGGGCUCCCCCGGUACACCCGGAACCUUUUCAUUAGCGGCAACAACAUCGCCCGCCUCGGGGCCGACUCUUUCAAGGGCCUCCACAAUGUCAGCAACCUUUCCCUCAGCAACAACAAGAUUUCCGAGGUGGACUCGCACGCCUUCUCCGGCCUGCCGGGUCUGCGCUCGCUGGACCUGAGCUCCAACCGGCUGUCGGCGGUCCACCCGGAGGCCUUCGCGGUGGCCGAGCGAUCGCUGCUCCAGCUCAACCUGAGUCGCGCCCUCCGCAACCGGUCGGCCGUGUCGGACGUGGCGGCGGCGCUGCGCCGGAGCGCCCUGACCUCCCUGCGCGGCCUGGACCUGUCGCACAACGGCCUGGUCUACCUGCCGCCGCGCGUUUUCUCGCGUCUGGGCGGACUGCGCCGGCUGCUGCUCGCCAACAACUCCCUGGUGGCCGUGCGCAACGCCACCCUGGCCGGUUUGGGGGCUCUGCGGGAGCUGGACCUGCGGCUCAACUCGCUAAAGAACGUCCCCGAGGAGGGCCUGCGCGAGCUGGACUCGCUGCCGGAGGCCGAGAUCCUCCUGGGGGAGAACCCCUUCACGUGCGUGUGCGGUGUGGAACCUUUCGCCCGCUGGCUAAACCGCUCCCGGGGACGCGUGCGCCACCCCGAGGAGCUGGUCUGCGCCUUUCCCGCCGCCCUGAGGAACGCCUCCCUGCUCUCUGUGGCGGGCGCCGCCGGCAGCCUGGCCUGCCGCCAAGCGGGCGCCGGCGCCCGCUUGGCCCUGCAGACCUCCUACGUCUUUCUGGGUCUGGUGCUGGGUCUGCUGGGUCUGGUCUUCCUCUUUGUGCUCUACCUGAACCGCAGGGGGAUAAAGAAGCGCGCGGACGACAUGCGCGACGCCUGCAGGGAGCUGUGGGACGGCUACCGCUUGGAGAUCGACUCGGACCCCCGCCUGUCCUCCCAGGUAUCCUCGGGCGCCGACGCGUAAAAACCCGGCGAUCCCGCCGGAACUCAAAACCCGUGGAGAACGGACACGCCUCUCCGUACAUGAACGAGCGAUGACCCCGCCGCGGGCAUCUACCCCCCCCCCCCCCCCCGUCUUGUCUUCUAGCAAGCGCCUCGAGUGCACACACCCCGGACUGGUUUGCCAGUCAAUAGCAGAGCGCAAAUGGACAAAGCAAACAGAGGUUUGAAUUCAGAUGACUUUGGGGUGGGAGAAACACGGACGGACGGGGGGGGGGGGGGCUACAUUGUGUUGACACGUAGCUAGUCGGUGCGCGCGCGCAGCAAAUUAGACUUGUUUCUACCCCUCUGCAUGAGGAAGGAGGAGGAGGAGGAGAAUUCAGCACAGGCUGAGCCUCUCCAAUUCCCCCCCGACCCCCCCGUGAAGCGUUGCUUUGUUUCUGCGCCUCAACUUUUAUUGUCACAAUGAUGAGAACCAGUCGCGGAGGCCAAAGCGCUUGAAAAGCCAGCCCCACCUUUGUCUGUUGAAGGAACUUUCUCCCUUUUCUUUCAUCCCGUGAUCAGAUCCAGAUGAUUCCGGAGAACGGCGGCCAGAGUCAUUCGGCGGGAACAACUCAAGUUGACAUUUUAUGGCCGUUUGCUUUUUUUCCUUUCACGCAAGAAGGCAUAAAUACCUUCUCGGGUAUGUUUGAGUUGAGGCGACAAAAGAUUUCAUCGCCCCUCAUUUUGCUGGGCUUCUCUCGGUUAUUUCUUUUUUUUCCAAAGACCAAGAAGAAGCGCGUCAUUUGUCGGUAUUGUCAAAUUUGUUUACGAUAGCCGGCUGGCUAACUAGCUAAAAAAUGGUUAGCAACCUGCUAACCCUUUUGGGUUAAAGUGUUGACGCCGCUAUGAAUAGUCGGAUCAUGACGAUGAUUAAUAUCGUCGUCAACUCUUCACCAAUGUUUGAGUUUCCCAAUCGAGCGUUAUAACUGUAAAAAAAAAUAAAACUUUGACACCGUAAGAGCGGUGUUAAUCGAAUACAAAAUAUGACUUGGUUGGAUUUUUGGCAGAGGGGCCAAAUUAUAAAUAACAUCAUGAAAGCAGUUUCUGUGCAAAUAAAAAGCGUCGAGAGUGGAAGCCAACAUGCAUGCGAACUGGAAAGAAUUCUGACUCCAAAGAUGGGAAGGAAAAAAAAAAAAAAAAAAAAAAGAAACAAGCAGUGCCAAUCCCAUUUCCUGUCAGAGGAAAUUGUCUCUUUGAUGUUAAGUCACCGCACUCAAGUGGUCAGCAUGAAAACAGGAAGGAAGGAAGAACGGAAGUACACUCCCGGUAUUUUCUUUUUUUUUUUGCAAUACAGUUUCACUAAGGCAGGUAAAAAUUCCAACAGUGAAAACCCAAGUCCCAUACACCACACCUGAUCGCCAUCAGGCCCGAUUGGGCGGCUUAAAAGCGACGCCGUGGCGGCGUGCGCAGCUGGUGCAGAGAAAGUAGCUUGGAGUCGGUUUGAGUGGCGACGCUCGCUUUGACCCAGGCCGCCUGCACAAAUGGCUUGUGGAAUUUAUUUGGGGGUCUUGCUGAUUUGCUUACUUCCAGCAGAGCAUGUUCACUGUUUGUGGGCUUCUCAAGAAGCUCAAGGCGAGACAUAUGUUGGCUUUGUGCAAGAUGAUGAUGACGGCGGUCCGAAACGCGAAGUCGGCAUCGGCGAGCCUCCCCAGAAUCAAUUCAGACAAGCCUUGGCCCAAAGCGGCAGUCGUGGCGGAGUCUCCGAUUUUGGCGACCGACGAUCCAAACCGUCAUCCUAUCUCGGCGGCUACUCGUCACUCAGGGUGGUUCGACGACCCCCACUGGGUGUGUCUGGCAAGAAAGCCGGUCUCCAAAAGCCCCGCCUCUCCACAGCCAUUGCGAGUUCGGGCUCUCUGAGCAGGUUUCAACCGCACAAGUCCAACCUGGCUGCAGGACUCAAGAAACCAAACGCAGGCCACCACUCCCGGGGGAAGUCGUCGAGGUUGUUGUUGCCGGGUUACGGCACGCGCAAGUUCUCUCCCAACAUGCAGACGUCGGCCAAUGGCACGGCCACCAAAGUUCUCAUCGGUCAGAAACCCGGACGGCAGCGAGAAAUCUACACAAGUCACGACCGGGUGGGUUUCCAACGUCGACGGCACCAGGUGACCAGUGUGUCGUCGGAUGCGGGUUUCAAUGAGCGACGCUACGCCCCGACGCACGUCCUAACGAUCCCAAGCAGAUUCGGCGGCGCCCGCAUCAGGCGCCUGAAGCACCCUGCGCCCCAAAAGAGCCGAGGGGUCAAGCCCGCUCCCCGCCUUGCUCACCAAGAGACCAAGUGGGCCAGAGUCAAGCUAAGGCACUGACCGGGCGACAUUUCACUUGAAUGGGAUUUCAAUUUUUUUCCUACGGGAGUGAUGAUAGCCAUUUUGGUGUUUGGGAAAUAAAAAUGGGUACUUGAGCUUUGCUUA